AACCUGAGUCAGCUUGCUUCGUUGUCACAAUCAUCAAAAUUUACACAAAAACCACAGGCACCGAGAGAGAGAGAGAGAGAGAGAGAGAGGCUAUGGAGAAUAAUCAACAUGAGGAGGAGGAGAAACGCGAGGACGACGACGAGGUGGGGCCCAUGGCCGGAGAGGAGGAGGAAGGAGAGGUCGGGUCAAGCUUGACGCUGGAGAGGGUGGCUGCUGCUAAGCUUUUCAUUGAGAACCACUACAAGGCUCAGAUGAAGCACAUCCAACAACGCAAAGAAAGGCGCUCAGUGCUAGAAAAACAGUUGGCAUCUUCUGAUGCAUCUCAAGAGGAACAAAUCAAUCUACUAAAGGAUUUAGAGCGCAAGGAGACAGAAUAUAUGCGACUGAAAAGGCACAAAAUUUGUGUUGAUGAUUUUGACCUUUUAACCAUCAUAGGUAGAGGGGCUUUUGGAGAGGUAAGGUUGUGUCGGGAGAAGAAGUCUGGUAACAUCUAUGCAAUGAAAAAAUUGAAGAAAUCAGAAAUGCUUAGCAGGGGACAGGUUGAACAUGUUAAAGCUGAAAGGAAUUUGCUAGCAGAAGUUGCCAGUCACUGCAUUGUCAAACUCUAUUACUCUUUUCAAGAUGCUGAAUACUUGUAUCUGAUCAUGGAAUAUCUGCCUGGUGGUGACAUUAUGACUUUGUUAAUGAAAGAAGAGACUUUGACAGAAACUGUGGCUAGAUUUUAUAUUGCUCAAAGUGUGAUGGCCAUAGAAUCUAUUCAUAAACACAACUAUAUUCACAGAGAUAUAAAACCUGAUAACUUGUUGCUGGACAAAAAUGGGCAUAUGAAGCUUUCUGAUUUUGGUCUUUGCAAGCCUCUCGAUUGUUCAAAUUUGUAUGCCAUAAAUGAAAAUGAAGCACUUGAUGAUGGGAAUUUGAAGGAAUCAGUGGAUGUUGAUGGACGAUUCCCAGAUACUGGUGGAAGGCGCUGGAAAAGUCCAAGAGAACAACUACAGCAUUGGCAGAUAAACAGAAGAAAAUUAGCAUAUUCUACAGUUGGUACACCAGAUUAUAUUGCUCCGGAAGUAUUGCUGAAGAAAGGAUAUGGCAUGGAUUGUGAUUGGUGGUCGCUAGGUGCAAUAAUGUAUGAGAUGCUUGUUGGUUAUCCUCCAUUUUAUUCUGAUGAUCCAGUAACAACAUGCAGAAAGAUUGUGCAUUGGAAAAAUCACUUGAAAUUUCCAGACGAGGCAAGGCUGACACCUGAAGCAAAGGAUCUAAUCUGUAGGUUGCUUUGUGAUGUUGAACAUAGGCUUGGUACUCUUGGGGCAGACCAAAUUAAAGCUCAUCCCUGGUUCAAAGAUAUUGCAUGGGACAAAAUUUAUGAGAUGGAGGCAGCAUUUAAACCAGAAGUCAAUGGGGAACUUGAUACUCAGAACUUCAUGAACUUUGAUGAGGUAGAACCUCCACCAACAAGAAGAGGAUCAGGACCUUCGAGGAAGCAGCUGUUUUCUCCUCAAGAUCUAAGUUUUGUUGGUUACACGUACAAGAACUUUGAUGCGAUCAAAGGGUCACGGCAUUCUUUUGAACUUAAGAGGACCUCAUCACGGUCUUCAACCGACUCUUUUCAGAGUGAUUCUGCAGUGGACUAUUCUAAGGACUUGCUUGAUGACUCAGAAAUUCAGAAGCUUACUUCGACGGGACAUUCAAUGUCGCCAUGAAGACUCACUCAAUUCUCAGUGUGUAAACUGUAUGGCAUAAUCAUAACAGACGGAGUGCUCCUCUUGCAAAGAAUUUCAUAGGUGUACAUUGCUAUUGAGGAACUUCUGUGAAGCAUGUAGCUAGCCAAGUAACAACUUGUUGUGGUUCAGUCUAAAGGUACUGUAUCCAUACCGAGUUUCCCUGACUGCGCAGGUUGGCAGAACAAAUAUGCCUACCCUUGUGGCAGUGUAGGCCCUUUCUCUUUCCCCUGUUCCCCUUUUUCUCCCUUUCUGGACAGUGUAGGAAGCUGGAAAAUCCCCGGCAGCUUUAAUCCAAAUGCCACUGAUUAGCAGCUCUUACUGUGUUGGGAGCCAUGAGCUUUUGUGAUUGAAACAGGAAAUCUAGUUUUUAUUACUCGUUUUUGCUUUUUUCUCUAGGAAUAAAAUAACAGAAAAUUGAGGAACGAGCUUUUGAUGUUAAAUUCAGUGAACCAUGUUCUUCUGUAAAUAGAUUUUUAGAUUUAUUUAUCAAAUCUAUAUGAUAAUUGUAACAAAUAAGUAUUUAUAUACCCAAUCGGGUUAAAAAUGGAAGCUCUCUUUCUUUAUCAA